AUGGCCUCAACUAUCCCAACUGUGGCAAUUCCAGGCCAAAUCCUGGGUCCUGCUACGUUCUACUCAGCUGGACCUGGUACCCAUAUUUCAGAGAAUAAUAUCUACGCCUCCAUUGCUGGACCUGUCAUCGUGGAUCCAGCCCAGACUAAAACACAAAAGAAAUCAACUCUACGAGUCGCGCGGGACUUGCUAGAUUCAAAGCGACCUCCCGUUCAAAAACCAAGAUUCAAUACCCUCCCUGCCGUCGACUCCCUCGUACUAGCUCGCGUUACCCGAGUACAACGGCGUCAGGCUACCGUCGCCAUUCUUGCUGUUCUGGAUGAUGUCUCAUUUGACCCCUCCCAAUACACCCCAGACAAUGAAAAAUUUGCCUCUGCCUUGACCGUUGCUCCCAAUCCAGAGAACCACAAUAACACCGACGAGCUGCGCUUCCAAGGCUUGAUUCGCAAGGAGGACGUUCGUGCCGUUGAGAAAGACCGCGUUGUCAUGGAGGAGAUGUUCCGUGUUGGAGAUAUUGUCCGAGGCUCGGUUGUCUCUAUGGGUGACCAAAGCUUCUAUUAUAUCACCACUGCUCGGAAUGACCUUGGUGUUAUCAUGGCUCGCAGUGAUGCUGGUAACAUGAUGUUCCCUGCCAGUUGGAAGGAAAUGCGGGACCCCGUCACCAAUGUUGCGGAGCCGAGAAAGGUUGCUCGACCACUGUGA